AUGACAUCGCGCCGGCGCCCGGCGCUGCACAAACAGACGCCGCCUAACAGCAAAGACCGCGGCGACAAGGCAUAUGCCAUGCCCGCACCGUCGCCUCGCGUUAUUAAUGCGGCACCCUCUCUAGAAAAGGCCGAGAUGUACGGCAUCGAUGACAACCGGCCCGUCUUCAGCCGCGCCAUGGCCUUGGCCGGCCGCAUGUUCAUCGAGACCAUCCCGCAAUGGCUGGCCGUCGGGGCCAUGCUGUCGCUGAUCUUUGGCGGCUGUUGCUCCAACGUUUUCGCUCUCGAGUCUAUCAUUAAGGUCGAGCCUGCAAGUGGAACUCUAUUGACUUUCGUUCAAUUCCUCUUUGUCGCCACCAUCGGCCUUCCGUCGCAAUUCGAUUCGAGGCGCCCGCCCUUCUUCCUCAAGCCGAACAAGGUCCCGAUCCGCCGGUGGCUCGUCAACAUCGUUCUGUUCUUCAGCAUCAACGUGCUCAAUAAUCAUGCGUUCAGCUACGAUAUUUCGGUGCCGGUGCAUAUUAUCUUGCGGUCGGGAGGCAGCAUCACGACUAUGAUUGCGGGGAGCCUGUAUGGCAAGAGAUACUCGCGGAUCCAGGUGACUGCAGUGCUCUUACUCACCGUGGGCGUCAUCACCGCAGCCUGGUCCGAUGCGCAAACCAAGGGGUCGUCAUCGGACAAAACCGUCGGCAACACAAGCUUCAGUACUGGCCUCGCCAUCCUCUUCAUCGCACAGGUCCUGUCGGCCAUCAUGGGCCUCUACACCGAAGAGACGUACCGCAUAUACGGCCCGCAAUGGAAGGAGAACCUCUUUUACUCCCAUCUCCUCUCGCUGCCCCUCUUCCUGCCGUUCCUACCGUCCCUCACGAAACAGUUCAUGAAGCUCGCCAACAGCGCCCCGCUUGCGCUCCCCGUACCCCCGCUCGAGGACUACCCGAACCUAUCGCCAAACAUCCAGCAAGGCCUAGAGAGGAUUCAGAUCCCGAACCAGCUCUUCUAUCUCGUCCUCAACGUGCUGACCCAGUACGCUUGCAUCCGGGGUGUGAAUCUGCUGGCGGCCGCGUCGUCGGCCCUGACGGUGACCAUCGUGCUCAACAUCCGCAAGCUCGUGAGCCUGCUGCUGAGUAUAUGGCUCUUUGGGAACCGGUUGGCCUUUGGGACACUGAUUGGGGCGUGCAUCGUCUUCUUUGCGGGUGGUUUGUAUUCCUUAGACGGGAAACGAAAGCCACCCGCCAGA